UUUGUUUACAUAAAAUAAAUGUAUUGAUCAUGACGGCUGGGAGGUCAAAUGUGCUUUAUUUGAUAAUAGCUGAAAUAUCAUCUACUACCGAAUUUCAAGAAUUUGGUGCCUAUUGUGAACGAACAGGUGUGACUUUCCAAUAUCAAAAUGAACUUUCCAGCUUUAAAGAAUGACAGGCUUUUAAGAGCAGCUCGUGGUGAGGAAGUGGACAAGAUUCCGGUAUGGAUAAUGAGACAGGCAGGCAGAUAUCUCCCAGAAUUUCGUGAUCUUCGCCAAAAGUAUGACUUUUUCACGAUGUGUCAAACCCCAGCUCUAGCAGCAGAAGUGUCUAUUCAACCUAUACAGAGAUUUGAUCUUGAUGCAUGCAUAAUAUUUUCUGAUAUCUUGGUAAUUCCUCAAGCUUUAGGAGUGCAUGUUGAAAUGAAACCUAGUGUGGGCCCCGUUUUGGAACCUCUGGUUGAACCCGAAGACAUUACCAAACUUGAAGUGCCAGUUAAUGUAAAUGAGAAACUUGGCUACGUUGCAGAAGCAAUCACACUGACGCGUCACAAGUUAGAAGGAAAAGUUCCUCUUAUCGGAUUUUCUGGGGCCCCUUGGACUUUGAUGGCAUACAUGAUUGAAGGUGGUGGAUCAAAGACACUUUCAAAGGCAAAAGCAUGGUUAUAUAAAUAUCCAGAUGCCAGCAAGAAAUUAUUAACUAUCUUAACUGAUGCUGUUGUUGAUUAUAUGAUAAUGCAGGCUGCUGCUGGUGCUCAGUUGUUGCAACUCUUUGAAUCAAAUGCUGAAUACCUAGGUCCUGAUCUGUUCUGUAAAUUUGCUCUUCCUUAUAUUCGUGAUAUCUGUAAAAGAGUAAAAACUGGCUGUGCUAGUGUUGGUGUAGGCAACAUUCCAAUGACAAUAUUUGCUAAAGGUGCACAUUAUGCUUUGGAGGAGCUUUCUGGAAGUGGUUAUGAUGUGGUAGGUAUCGAUUGGACUGUAGAUCCCACAGAGGCAAGAAACAAAACAGGGGGAACUGUAACACUCCAAGGGAAUUUGGAUCCGUGUGCUCUAUAUUCCCCUCCAGAACAGCUGAAAAGACUGGCAUCAGAAAUGGUACAAAAGUUUGGAAAGAGUAAAUAUAUAGCAAAUCUGGGGCAUGGAAUAUAUCCUGAUGUUGAUCCAGCACGUGUAAAGAUUUUAAUAGAUGCGAUACAUGAUGUGAAGUAAGAACUGUCAUGGACUUAAUAUAAUUGAACUUUAAGGUGAAACUGUAUCAAACAGUUUUGUAUUUUGAAUGUUCAUUUAUUAAAAUAAAUUUACCAGAAACAUUUAUCUGAGGUCAAAAUUAAUUAAAAAAAAUGGUUUAACCCUUGAGUAGGUGCGGCUGUGUAUAAAGUGCGCCCACCACAAAUAAAAUUGUUUUGCACCGUU